AUGAAAGAGGCUUAUGAAAUUGAGGAAAACUUAAACAUGGAAGUGGAAAUUACCUAUGAACAACACGUACAACAGAAUAACGAAAGAUUACUUUCAAUUAAGGAGCAACUAAACGAUGCCAGAGGUUACGAAAAAGGUUGUCGAGAACUGUUAACUUGGUGUUCAGAUUCAAGAGCUUUCCAUAACUCAUUUGAGAUUAAUCUGCUUAACGUUAUAAACGAAGUGGUAACAGUAUCAACACGUGCUGGCUACGAUGAAGAGUUAGCCUAUAUGCUUCUCAAAUGUUGCCAUCAGUAUCGGAAACUGCUGUCACGUCAAGGAUCAAUGAAAAUUAAUCGUUGGUUUGAACAGCUGAAACGGAACAAAAAAUUAAAAAGUGGUAUUACGGUAAAAAAACGAAGUCGUUCCAAUACAUCACCAAAAAAAAUGGCCUUACAACAACAACAACACCCACAACAGCAUCAGCAACAGUCGUCGUUCGAAGGAGAUUCUGUUACAGUCGUGAACCUGCAAGCCGAUGCUGAUACUACGUCGACGAUUAAUGGAACUACUCGGUAUGAUUAA